AUGGCCAUGCAAGCUCCCCUUUGGCUCUACUUUCCUCAACAGAAUCAAGCUUUACAAGUCAUCCAACUCCCUACUGACAAUGGCUCAGAGAGUAAGAUGGUAUUGGCCGUCUUGGGUUUUAGCAAUGUAAACCUACCCAUAGUCGGAAUCCUAGCUAUCCCUCAAGGUUCGGGGGACACAGAUUUCCACACUGUGUAUGAAAGACAGCUCGGUGACAGUGAUUUUCUCCGAGCAGUCGUAACUGGAUUCUGUCGACCGGAUGCAUCAGGGCACCCCAGUCGGGUAUGGCUUCUUAACGCAUUGGACCACACAAUCCAAUUUCAUCAGGCUCCGUUUCUGCAUGGUUUUCCUCCUCCAGCAGCUUCGGUUGCCGCUAUCGAUGUCGCACCUGUUUCGCAUGCAUUGCAGCUCUUUGCACCUGCUAUCACAGAUGAAGAGCUGGCAUCGUUGAUGCCAUCCAUUAUGCCAAGUCUUGUCGACAUCGAAUACAAUUACUCCUGCUAUACCGACAAUUCGCUGAUGCAGUUUGAAAUGACUCACAGUGAAGACUUUGAUCCCAUUGUUACAUUCCCCUCCGUCGUUAGUCCAUCAAUUGUGUUUCACCAGGACCUUAUCUGGCGAGGUGAAGAUACUCCAAUGGAGAUCACGCACCGGAGGGCUAUCAACCAUGCAUUAAACGGAUCGCUCUGGAAACGGGUGUUGUUCGUCACGAAGCGCAUAUACGUUGGGAGCUACUUGGUUGGGUUACAAAAUCCAUUUGAGUUUCUUGAAAAACUACCAGGGGCCUUAGCAAGCGACAAAUGCCUACUCUCCAACUGUUUUGUGAUGGCAGUGGAAAUGAGCCAUAUGACAUUGCAAGAACUUCAUGAGCACCCACUGAUGGUAGAAACUCAGACCAGUGUUCAAGCCACUGGAUGGGAUGUCCUUCGCUUGACAUUCUCCAAGUACAUUGAUUCCCGUAACACAGAAAUAUGCAAGGUCAUUCAAGGCUGCAUUCUCUCCGACACAGGAUUCUCAGAUACCAACAAAGAUGAUCAAGACGCUAAGGCUGCUUAUUUCUUUCAACUUCUAUCCUCAGAUGAUCGAAACGAGGUGCGACAAGGUAUUUUAGAAAUUGUACAGCUACACAUGUUCAGCGAACUGGUCUGGGUAUCCGUAUUUCAGAAUAGCAGCGGCUUGACCAAGGGCAACUGCCAAGGGAGAAUGGCAGAUAUAUUCCCCGAACAAAUCCAAGGUCAGGAUGGCCUAUUAGGCUCAGGUCUAGUUGCGAAUUUGCUGACUGUGGUAUACCAUGCGCUCCAUCUCUGGCUCCCAGAUAGAACUCCAGGGCGCAAACUAUCUGCCAUGCAUCAGAUCAUUAUGGCAGCAUUGGGAAACCUGUAUGCUAAUGAAUACCAGUUCCCUCAAUUCCAUGAGAUGAUGAGGAAGUUGCCUUUCAUCAUGAUUUCAAAUGUCCUACCUAUCGACCCCAAAUUAUUGGAGCCAAAAAUGUCUGUGAAUGACAACCGGCUAAGAAACACGGGCGACAUUUUACCAAUCGUGAUGUAUGCAACGGACUCCACUCACCCCGGCCUUCCCAACGCGGUAUUCACUUCCUUACACUCGCAACAAGCCAUGCAGGAAGUCGACAGUUCAUGUUUCUAG